UGAUUCAUAUGUCCUGCUUGCGUCUCAAAUGUAAAGGGAAGUUUACAAUCACUUGUAACUUUUGUGUUUUGUGUUUCCCUCCGGCAUCGAGUCCAGGUUACAUACAGCAAGACUCCGCGGCACAACAAAAAGAUCUGUCAAAAUGCUUCGUACUUACGAAGGCAUCCGAUUUUUUUCGGACAAACAAAUGGUGAUAUUGGAUAUUGGCAGCGCAUAUACAAAAUUUGGUUACGCUGGCGAACCUACUCCGCGCGGUAUAAUAAGGACGGAGAUCAAGUGUCCAGACACCAAAAAGCUUCGAAGAAUUUAUGAUUACAAAGACACGGAGGAUUUGUAUCAACUGCUGGUCGAAUUUCUUCACGCUUUGUUCUUCAAGCAUGUCGUGAUAAGUCCAAAGGAUGCUAGAAUUGUCAUUUUAGAAUCCUUAUUGGUUCCGACACAAUUUAGGGACACGUUGGCCAAAGUAUUAUUCAGGCACUUUGAAAUCGGGUCAUUGAUGCUAUUAUCCACUCAUUUAGCAACUAUCAGCACCUUGGGCGUCAAUUCAGCUCUAGUUUUGGACAUUGGAUACAAGGAAGCCACAUUAAUUCCUAUUUACGAGGGUGAACCUAUCUUAAAGGCUUGGCAGGCUCUUCCAUUGGGCGGUCAAGUUGUACACGAGUAUCUGAUGAAAUCUUUACGGGAGAUAUAUCCUAACGUGGACAUCACGGAGAAGCUUGUAGAAGAUAUAAAAGUAAGGACGUGUUUUGUUACUACAUUAGAAAGGUCAGCUAAAUUGGGAACAGCGGAUGCUCCCAAGCCUCCUCCAGCGAUUAAAUAUCCCGGAGUUAAAAGUAUUAAUAUACCAGGCGAAAUUAGAGAGGAAGCGUUUGAAGUAUUAUGGGAAAGGGAUAAUGAUAAUCUCAGUAUACCAACAAUGAUCCUGAAUGCUAUUAUUCAGUGUCCAAUAGAUACUAGACGAACUUUAGCAGAAAAUAUACUCUUAAUUGGUGGCACGGCGAUGGCAAAAGGCUUCGCAAGUCGUCUCAAAUCCGAGCUUUUAACUCUCGUGAAAAGUAGUCAUUAUUCCGAGAAGUUGAAAAUUCAGACGUUCAUGUUUCACACUGCGCCCAGUAAACCAAACUACACAGCGUGGUUAGGUGGUGCUAUCUUUGGAAGUGUAGAUUUGCCACUAAGAUGUCUGACAAAGGAGAAUUAUUUGAAAUCUGACCGAGUUCCAGACUGGGUUAGCUUAAUAGAUAAUCAGAGAGACGAAUCAACCGUCUGUGAAACCUAAUAUACUGCCUAAUUUAACAAAGUGAUAUUUUUUUUAUAAUAAAAAGAAGAUAUUUUAACGAUUAUAUUUAUAUGUGUAUAUAAAAUAUGAACAACUUUAUUGAUUUCUUCUUAUUUUUCAUGUUAACAUCUCGCAGGCUUAUGAAUAUCAUUGUAACUACCGUCGCAUAAAUACGAUAAAGAUUUGAAAAUUGAAAAUGUGUUUUAUUCAUAUGAAUUGCGUUACAGGACUCUGCAAUUAUAUUACAGACUUUACAGUGUUGUGAGUAACGUAAGUUUCUCGUUAAGUUGAAGUUGUGUUUUUAUCAAUUGCGAAAGCGCGACAACCAUUAAUAGAUCUUUUACAUUGCUGUUGAACAUUUCGUCAAACUGAUCGCUCGACAUUUUUGGUACCGAAUGCACCAUAUCUAGGAGAGCGCGACCAACCUGAAAGAAAUAAAAUCGUUUAAGAAGAA